UCUUGCCUGUCCCCACUUGUUUGCCGCCUCUAGAUAACUGUCUUUAAUAUAAGAAAAUGGAAACUGAACAACCAGAGGAAACCUUCCCCAACACUGAAACCAAUGGUGAAUUUGGUAAACGCCCUACAGAGGAUAUGGAAGAGGAACAAGCAUUUAAAGGAUCUAGAAACACAGAUGAGAUGGUUGAAUUGUGCAUUCUGCUUCAGAGCAAGAAUGCUGGGGCAGUGAUUGGGAAAGGAGGCAAGAAUAUUAAGGCGCUUCAUACAGAUUACAAUGCCAGUGUUUCAGUCCCAGACAGCAGUGGCCCCGAGCACAGAUUGAGCAUCAGUGCUGAUAUUGAAACAAUUGGAGAAAUGCUGAAGAAAAUCAUCCCUACCUUUGAAGAGUGCCUGCAGUUGGCAUCACCCAGUGCAACCAGCCAGCUUCCGCUCGAAUCUGAUGCUGUGGAAUGCUUAAAUUACCAACACUAUAAAGGAAGUGACUUUGACUGUGAGUUCAGACUGUUAAUUCAUCAGAGUCUGGCAGGAGGAAUUAUUGGAGUUAAAGGAGCUAAAAUCAAAGAACUUGGAGAGAACACUCCGACAACAAUCAAACUUUUUCAAGAAUGCUGCCCUCAUUCCACCGACAGAGUUGUUCUUAUUGGAGGAAAGCCUGACGUUGUGGAGUGCAUAAAGAUCAUCCUUGAUCUUAUAUCUGAGUCUCCCAUCAAAGGUCUUGCACAACCUUAUGAUCCUAACUUUUACGACGAAACCUACGAUUAUGGUGGUUUUACAAUGAUGUUUGAUGACCGUCGUGGUCGUCCUGUGGGAUUUCCCAUGCGGGGAAGAGGUGGUUUUGACAGAAUGCCUCCUGGUCGGGGUGGAUGUCCCAUGCCUCCCUCUAGAAGAGAUUACGAUGACAUGAGCCCUCGUGGAGGACCUCCUCCUCCUCCUCCUCCUGGCCGGGGUGGCCGGGGUGGUAGCAGAGCUCUGAAUCUUCCUCUUCCACCACCACCACCACCCAGAGGAGGAGAUCUAAUGGCCUAUGACAGAAGAGGGAGACCUGGAGACCGCUAUGAUGGCAUGGUUGGUUUCAGUGCUGAUGAAACUUGAGACUCUGCAAUAGAUACAUGGAGCCCAUCAGAAUGGCAAAUGGCUUAUGAACCACAGGGUGGCUCAGGAUAUGAUUAUUCCUAUGCAGGGGGACGUGGCUCUUACGGUGAUCUUGGUGGACCUAUUAUUACUACACAAGUAACUAUUCCCAAAGAUUUGGCUGGAUCUAUUAUUGGCAAAGGUGGUCAGCGUAUUAAGCAAAUUCGCCAUGAGUCUGGAGCUUUCAUCAAAAUUGAUGAACCUUUAGAAGGAUCCGAAGAUUGGAUCAUUACUAUUACAGGAACACAGGACCAGAUACAGAAUGCACAGUAUUUGCUGCAGAACAGUGUGAAGCAGUAUUCUGGAAAGUUUUUCUAAGACUAGUGAAGAACUGAAGGAGUCCUGCAUCUUUUUUUUUUUUUUUUUUUUAUCUGCUUCUGUUUAAAAAGCCAACAUUCCUCUGCUUCAUAGAUGUUCUGCAUUUGAGGUGUAGUGAAAUCUUUGCUGUUCACCAGAUGUAAUGUUUUAGUUCCUUACAAACAGGGUUGGAGGGAGGGCAUGCAAAAAACUAACAUUGAAAUUUUGAAACAGCAGCAGAGUGAGUGAGUUUUAUUUUUUGUUCUUUGUUGGUGGUUUUAAAAAAAUUCCCCCGUGUAAUUAUUGUGAACACCUUGCUUUGUGGUCAUUGUAAACAUUUGGGGGGGGGGACAGGGAGGAAAGUAAUAGUCCACAUGUCCCUGGCAUUUGUGCAGAGCAGUGUGCAGAAUGUAAUGCUCUUUUGUAAGAAACGUUUUAUGAUUUUUAAAAUAAAUUUAGUGAAUCUAUUUUUGGUGGUCUUUUUUUUAAGACAAUUUUCAAAUGGAGGUUGAAUAUCCCAACCCCUCCCCCCCACCUAAACACUUGAGUUUGGUUUUCAGCUCCUCUGUUGGACAAAACUGCUCCUCUUGAAUAUAGAUUUAUAAAGCUUGGGUGAUUUCUAGAUGCUUGGACAGAAAUUCCGUCACACUUCUACUCAUAAUGAACUCUGAGGGUGUGUUUUUUUUUUCAAAUGUUUGCUCCCACUUUUCACAUUUUGUAAAUUGUGAAGAACCCAGGUGUGAGCAGCAGUACUACAGGAUACUAGUUUAUACCAGAAGUCUGAUGGACAGCAAGUUUUAUCAGAAUAACAUUUGGUUAUGGAAGUGGCUGAUGCUGAGUAAAUUCUCAUUAUUUUUGUUAGGUAAUUUCUCACUUAUAGACUUAAACUGUCAACCUGCCUAGUGUUUAUUAGUUAAAAUUUGUAAAA